AUGGCUUCCUUCAGCACUCAAAAAGCCAGUAUAUCCUUGUCUUUCUCAUCUUCUUCUUCUAUGUCUGGAAAGAAAUAUGAAGUUUUUCUCAGUUUUUAUGGUGAGGACACCCGAAAGAAUUUUACAGAUUAUUUAUAUGCUACUUUGAUACAAAAAGGCAUUAUUGUUUUUAGAGAUAAUGAAAAACUCGAGGACGGAAAGCCCAUUGCUUCAGGGCUCAUGGAAGCAAUAGAAGAAUCUCAAUAUGCAAUUAUUAUUCUCUCAAAAAACUAUGCUUUUUCAAAGUGGUGUUUGAACGAACUUGUCAAAAUUCUUGAAUGUAUGAAAGAGAAGGGGUUGAAAGUUCGGCCUAUUUUCUACCAUGUAAAUCCCUCUGAUGUUGGGAAUCAGAGGGAGAGUUUUGAGAAAGCAUUUCUCAAGCAUGAGGAAGAUGGCAAGGUUCGCGAAGAACAGAUAAAAGAGUGGAGAUCUGCACUGAAAGAAGUGAGCAAGAUCCGCGGAAGGCAUUUAGUGGAUAGUCCCGAAUCAGUAGAUAUUGAGGAAAUCACAAAAAGCAUAUUUGAUGAAUUGAAUCGUGAAUUAUCAGAUGAUUUUGAGCACCUUGUUGGAAUAAACUCACGUGUGAAGGAAAUGAUGAACUUAGUCAGUACAACGUCAGAUGAUGUGCGCUUCAUUGGGAUUUGGGGGAUGCCUGGGAUUGGUAAAACCACUCUAGCAUCUAUCAUUUAUAACAGAAUUUGUCAUCAAUUUGAUGCUAGCAGCUUUAUUCGUGACAUUAGAGAAACAGUUGAAAAAGAUAAACAGGGUCUAGUUAAUUUACAAAAACAGCUUCUUUCUGAGACCCUAAUGUUAAAAGAAGUAAACAUAUGGAACCAUCAUGAAGGGAUCAAAGUCAUAAAGAAGAGACUACUAAAUAAGAAGGUUUUUAUUGUUCUUGAUGAUGUUGACAAAGAUGAACAACUAAAGGCAUUAGCUGGGAGCCCUGACUGGUUUGGUCUAGGGAGUAUGAUCAUUAUCACAAGUAAAGAUAAGCACUUGCUAAAAAGGCAUCACCUGGGUACCAUAUAUAAGGUUAAUGGAUUAGAUAAUGAUGAAGCUUUGGAGCUCUUUAGUUGGAUUGUGUUUAACCAAACCUAUUCUAAAAAGGAUUUUGAGGAUUUGUCCAAUAGUUUUGUGAAGUAUGCUAAAGGGCUUCCUAUAGCUCUUAAAGUUUUGGGUUCCUCCUUGAUUGAUAGACCAAGAAUGGUAUGGGAAGAUUAUCUACAUCAAUUAGAAGAAAUCCCUGAAGGAGAAAUUCUUGAUAAACUUGAAAUAAGUUAUAGGGGAUUGAAUGAAAUAGAGCAAAAUCUAUUUUUGGAUAUUGCAUGUUUCUUCAAAGGGGAGGAUAAAAAUAGAGUGGCACAUAUAGAAGGUUUUGGUUGCAAGAAGAAUAUAGAAACUCUCAAGGACAAAUCUCUCAUUGCCAUUUUAGGGGGAAAAUUACAGAUGCAUGAUUUAAUACAAGAGAUGGGUUGGAGAAUUGUUAGUCGUGAAUCAUCACAAGAGCCUGGAAGACGUAGUAGGUUAUGGUUUUGUAAGGAUGUGUUUCAUGUGCUAAAGGAAAAUACUGGAACAGAAGUUGUAGAAGGCAUAGUUCUUGAUUUCCAAGGAAUAGAAGUUAAAGAAGACAUGGUGCUAAACUUGCCUCCACGUAAAGAAAACUUGGAUGACAAAGCCUUCUUAAAUAUGAAAAGUCUAAGGUUGCUUAAAAUUUCUAAUGUGCACCUUCCAACGGGCCUCUGUUUUCUUUCUAAUAAGUUAAGAACGAUGGAAUGGCAUGAUUAUCCUUUGAAAUUCAUGCCAAGCAGUUUUCAACCGGACAAUCUUGUUGAACUCAUCAUGCCUCGCAGCCACAUUAAGCAAUUACCAGAGGGACUCACUAACUUGACCAAGUUAAGACUCCUGGAUCUUAGGGACUCUAAAGUCUUAGUCAAGACUCCUAACUUCAUCGGAUGCCCAAAUCUGGAGAGUCUGAUUUUUCAAGGAUGUACAGGUUUGUAUGAGCUUCACCCAUCUGUUGGAGCUCUCAAUAAGCUUACUUUGUUAAAUCUUAAAGAUUGUAGAAGUCUUACUGGCCUCCCUUGCGAAAUGAACUUGAAAUCUCUUGAAAUUUUUAUUCUAUCUGGCUGUUCAAGUCUCAAGAAGGUUUCAGAGAUUGGAAUAAAUAUGACAAGCUUGUUAGAGCUGUAUUUAGAUGGGACUGCUGUGGAAGAAUUGCCAUCAUCACUCGAGCAUUUGACUGGCUUGACGGUCUUGAGUCUUCAAGGUUGCAAAAACCUUUCGAGUUUCCCAAGUGUCAAUUUGCCGUCUCUAAAAACUCUAAAUCUAUCGGGAUUUAAGGUUCAACCACAACCCCCUAAAACCUGGCUUUCGCACGGAUUCUCCCUCGUCCGUGCUGUAGAUGCUUUUUUCAAAGGUUUCUUCCCUAUCCGAGAGGCUCGCAACCUGUUGUUGCCUUGGUUAAGAUUUAUUGUAUCUCUCAAUCUAUCUGACCGCAAUUUAUGGGACGGUGGACUCCCCGAUGAUCUUAGUUGCUUAUCCUCGUUGCAGGAACUGAAUUUGAGCAAAAACAAUUUUACACGCCUGCCUAAUAGUAUUUCUCAGCUUUCUAAGCUUUACUCUCUUGUGAUGAAUGAUUGUAGCAGGCUCCAAUCAUUGCCAGACCUUCCGUUAAGUGUAGGAUUUGUAAUAGCACUAGGAUGUCCUUUAUUGGAGAAGCAUUCAAAUCAACGUGUUGCAUGGACAUCGGAUGAAACAAUAUUCACAAUGGUUCAUUGUGAGAGCAAGAAUAUUGGCCCAUUUGCACUCAUCGACUUUCCGAGCGUAACAGACGAUGACCACGAUCCAAUCUUUGAAAGAUAUUUGAUGGGUACAAUUAAUCAAAACAUGUACUUCAUCGAGUCGUUGCAUUCAACUGAAACUCCAGAGUGGUUCAGCCAUCAGAGCCCUGGGUCAUCUUUAACAAUCCCGCUUCCUUCUAAUCUGCGUGGUGAUGGAAAUUGGAUUGGGAUUGCUUUGUUUACUAGUGUUAUCAGACAUAAUUGA